UGUGGCUGUCAAAGAGAUAUUGUCCGCUGAUUGUGCUCAUCUAAGCUCUCAUCGUCCACUAUAGGUUGACAUAUGACUGCGCCUUGCUCAUGGUCGCUGGAUGGGACACGCUCUUGAAGAACAAUCUGACGACAGCAGCUCAGAUUAGCCAAAAUCAGGUACCCUAUGGGCUUGUGAAUGUCUCGGUCUUCAACACGACGAAUGGGGCAUCUGGACUCAUCAGCCUCAAUAACUACGGCCAGAGGGUAUCUGCUGUGGCCCAGUUCAUCAAUAAGGACUUUAACCGAUCGACCAGCUCAUGGUCACUUAUAAUGAAGCAAAUCACCACCUACAAAACGGAUAACUACUCGUUCGAUAUCAUCGACUAUAUGCAGCCUCUGAGUCCCAACCAAACACAGGCUAGCUCGUACGCGGCGCUUUUGAGAGCUGGAUCCAUCCCUGGUGACUAUCCUGUCAAUGUCGUCAAUCCACUCAGCUCCGAUGUCCAAUGGGCCCGCAUCAUCGGGUACAUCGGUGUGGCCCUUUGUGUGGUGCUGUUUGUCUUUGUGGUUGCGAACUACCGAUCAAAGUCCGUGGCAAUCUAUGGACUCGUCAACACAGCAAGCGCCCUCCUUGGAUGCGCCCUUGGUUUCUCGCUUCCGAUCGUUCAGAACCCACUCCCAGAUGCAGCCAACUGUAUCCUCUCGGAGUGUUGGGGAGUGAUCUCGCUGACACUGUGUUUGUGCCCGGUCACGUUCAAGGCACUUGUGCACUACUUCCGCAAGAACAGCAACUUGGCCAAGAAGAAGCCGGUGCCUGGAUAUCACAUUCUUCUCUUUCUGAUGGCCGUGCUGGCGCUUCAGGCGAUAUUCCUGGGAUCGAAUCUGCAACAGUAUCCGGGCAUAUCUAUUACUCAGCUCGACGAUGUUAACCGAAUCCUGACAUGCGAGCCAUCCGGCGCGGUGCUUGUUGUCACUUUUAUUUGCGACUACAUCAUCAACAUUAUCUUGACCUUCUCUGGCCUUGCUCUGUGUUUGAAGAGCACUACGGACGAAAAGUUCUCUGAACUGCGAUACUUUAUUCUGCUCCUGGGGAGCGUCGUGUUCUGGAUGGUGGCGUAUUUCGGUAUCUCUCUCGUCCCGGGGCUCUAUCAAUAUCAGUUCCACAUUAUCGCCGGUCGACAGUUCGCUGUCUUUUCUUCUAUACUUGUUCUGGCUUUUAUGCCGGUCGUCCUCAGCAUCAUACGAAAGGAUACAUCCCUGCUCAUCGGCGGCCACGAUGCCAAUGGUCCAUCAUCGUCGUCGAAGAUAACAUCCAGGGUGAUAGCGCACUCUCCCCAGAAGAAAAAACCCGAAGAGAUCGAAGUCAAGGCCAAGCUUCUGGACAAAGUCGAGCUCUGGAUCCUUGAAGGCAAGCUAGGGUCCCGCUGGCGAAAGCUUGGAAACUACUCGCUGCUCCUCCUGGAGCGAGGCAACAUGUUCAUGGGUCACAUCAAUUCCGAGCAGAAGGUCGAUCAGCGGCUCGUGUGCAUCCGUGGAACUCGGAUCGAGUUCGACAAGGUGGAAAACAAGCAAAGCGAGCACCUGCUCUGCACCAUCAGAACCUCGUACGAGACGCUGCGUCUCAACCUGAAGACUGGGUUCGGUAUCGAGUUCUAUGACUAUUGCUCAGCAGACUCAUCCAUCAGCAUCACAGGCAGCCCUCCGAUUGACAACGCGGAGGAAAGUCAUGAUUGAGUGUGAUCUGUUGCCGUCUGACCCAACUCAGCCAAAGUCAUCGCGGCCUCAUCAACCAUAUACGAUAGACCUCUGAUGAUUUCCACAAUAUAACGGCCAAUGGCACCGAUCGUCUCCACACUCUGGUCAGAAUAGCCGGAACACUGCCCCAUUUCA